AUGCCCAUAAAACCCAUCAAACGCGGGUACAAAGUGUGGUGCAGGGCGGACUCUGCAACAGGGUAUCUCUGCCAGUUUCAGAUAUAUGAGGGGAAAGACAGCGUUCGACCAUCUGAUGUUGGCUUGGGGGAGCAUGUUGUGCUGCAACUGUCAGAGGGAGUCAAGGAGGGCACACAGCUCUACUUCGACAAUUUUUUCACCACCACAUCCUUGCUGGAGAAGUUGUCAGAGAAGGGUGUAUAUGCUGCAGGUACACUACGCACCAACCGAAGAGACCUGCCUCCUGAGAUAAAGAGUGACAACAAGCUGCAAAAAGGCGAGUACAUCUGGAGGAGCAAGGGAAAACUCACAGCUUAUCAGUGGAGAGACAACAAAAAUGUGAACGCGUUGUCCAAUUUUCACAAUCCAAAUGAUGUGUGCGAGGUCAGCAGACGGCUGUCUACUGAUGCUAAAAUUGGAGUGACAUGCCCAAAAGUUCUGGCUGACUACAACCAGUGGAUGGGAGGGGUGGACAGGUUCGACCAAAAACGAAACAGCUACCGCUGUGACAGGCGUUCAAAAAAAUGGUGGUACAGGAUUUUUUACUACCUCCUAGAUGCCGCGGUCGUCAAUUCAUUCAUUCAGUACGGUGCCGAGAAUGAGGGUACAUUCUUCUGGUUCCGCUUAGUCCUAGGACGACAACUCACCAAUGGGCUCAGCUUCCGGACCAACAAGUGCGCAACGGCCCAUAAACACAGGAAGAAUGGGAGGCCCAGUGGUCGCCAGAUGACCCGGGUCCCGCUGGAAAUGAGAAAUUUGGGGCAAUCUCACCACCCUCAGCGAGUGGAGAGCAGGAGGAGAUGCAGGUGGUGCUCAACAAAUAGCAGGCAGGUGCGCACGAACUUCAUCUGCAUUCAGUGUGAAGUACCCCUUUGUGCUGAGUGUUUCCACCCCUUCCACUCAUGA